AAUUAAAAGCAUUUAUAUGCAUAUUUUUUUUCUAGAUUAAGCAUUUCAGCAUCUUCGUCCCCCGUUUUUUCUUUUUCUUCUUUUUCCCUUUUUGGAUCCUAAAUGCAUGGUCCAUAAACCUGUGCAAGGUGUUUUUAAGACUGGAAAUUGAGAAGCACCAGACAUCUAAUGCGGAGCUGGAAAAUAUUUCAGAAAGUACCAGCAUGACCAAUGAAUCUAUGGACCUAGGGGAUCAAGUUAGUGAUGCAAUGUUCAUUAAGAGCCCCAACAAUGGUUCUGAUGGGCCUCAGAGUAGCAAUUCCAAGUGGAUUCCUAAUGAUGAGAACAAUGCAUCUGGAAAUGGAAACACUCAUGGAAAUCCGGAUCUCAAUGUUGGUGAUUUCCAGGCAUUUGACUUUCGGACAACUUUGAGAAACGAACCAUUCUUGCAGAUUUUCCAUUCUCUAUAUGUAUAUCCUUUUAACUGUGAGCUUGAGUUGGAAAAGGAAUCUAUUCGUAAGAGUUGAGCUAAGAAAGGAUGAUGCAGAUGUUCGUAGACAACCUUUAGAGGCAAUGCAUCCAAGGGAACCUGGUUUAUCACUUCAGAAGUGUGCUCACACGCAAGUUGCUGUUGGUGCUCGGGUGGCCUGCUACCAGGAUGAAAUUAAAGUUUCUCUCCCUGCUGUUUGGACACCAUUGCAUCACCUUAUAUUCACUUUCUUCCAUGUUGAUCUUCAAAUGAAAUUAGAAGCUCCAAAACCAGUAGUAAUUGGACAUGCAGCACUUCCGUUAUCCACCCAUGCACGGUAUGCAACUGCCUUUAUGUUUGUCAUCUUUUGUUUUGUUUCUUUCCUUGAUGAUUUAUUAACUUACAUUAUUUGUUCUGCUACUGGAGUGAUUGGUAUGGUAGUUCAUGGUUACUUUCCUGGUUUAUGUUGUGGGUACUUGGAUGAUAUCAAUGUUGCUAUCAGAAAUUUCCCUACCGAUUAUGAGAGAACUGGUUCCACAGUAUCUUUAAGAAAAUGGAAAGGAGAGGCUGGAUUAUUUGGAAGGUGGAAAAACUAUUUUUAAAUUGCAAUUAAGGCUUCGCUCAUUUUUUUACCCAAUUAAUGAGCGCAUACGGGAUUUUUUUCUUGAAUACGAUAGACACACUCUUCGAACAGGUCCUCCAUGUGGUUUUGAACUUUUGGAGGUAUAUUGGCUAUGCUUCUUUCUUCAGUCUUUACAGUUGUCUUGGUUAAAUCAAUUACUAGUAUUCAU